AUGAUGAUGAAUCGAUAUGUCUAUUUAUAUUGUUAUUUAUAUUUAUUAUUACCAUUAACAAUUUUUUGUUUGGCUAAUUUUAAUUUAUUUGAAGAAGAAACACGUUUAAUACGUACACUUUUAAAUGAAUCAAAAUAUUUAAAAAAAGUUCGUCCAUCAAAAGAAGUUAUUGUUGAUAUUCGUUUUAUUUUUAAUCAAAUUAUAUCAAUGGUUGAAAAAGAACAAAUUAUUGUUACAAAUUGUUUUGUUGAUCAAAAAUGGAAAGAUCCACGUCUCGUUUGGAAUCCAAUAAAUUUUAAUAAUAUUACUUGGAUUCGAAUACCAGCAACAUCUGUUUGGUAUCCAGAUACAUUUUUAUACAAUACAGCUGAUAAUGCCGGCUUUCUUCUCCCACAAGAUUCACAAAAUAUGAUUGUGAGUUAUAAUGGAACAGUAUUUUGGCCAUUACCACUUGCCCAAUUACGGACACGUUGUCGAAUGACAAUUAAACAUUUUCCUUUCGAUGAACAAACUUGUGAUAUGAUAUUUGGUUCAUGGAGUCACACAAGUUCUUUAAUACAUUAUCAAUUUUGGGAAAAUAAACCUGAAAUACCACAAUAUGUACCAAAUAAUGAAUGGAAAUUAUUAGCUGUAACACAAUCAAUUAAAACAGUUGAUUAUCCAAAUUGGGUUGAACCUGAUACAUUUUAUGAAGUUAAUUUUACAAUUUUAAUUGUACGAAAACCUUUACAAGCUAUUUAUAAUACUGUUGUACCAGCAUUAAUGUUAACAACUUUAACACUUGUCUCUUUUUUUAUACCCUUUGCUCAAGAAAUGCAAAUAGGUAUUAGUAUUAUGUUGGCUUAUUCUGUGUUCAGUUUACGUCUAUCUGAAGAUGUACCAUCUCAAAGUGACAGUGUACAUUUAAUAAGUCUUUAUUUAACUGUAUGUAUGUUUUUUUCAUUAUCGGCUAUGACUUGGUUUGCUAUGGUAAAUAAAUUACGUGAAAAGAAACGUCUACCGUAUUGGCUUCGAUGGUUUGCACUUGAUUAUAUAUCUUGGAUUGUAUUUGCUAGAAAUAUGCAUCAUAAAGCAGUACGUGCUGUUAAACUAGAAGAUUCAAAAAUUUCUUCUGCUACACCAUCGAUAUCAGUUGUAAAUCCAUUACAACAAACAACAACAACAAUGAAUGAAAUACAAAAUUCCAAUAGUUCUUGUUUUGAACACGAUCUAUUAUCAAGUGGAGCUUCAGCAGCAGCUCCACUUCUUUUAUCUAAAAAUCAACCACAAGCAUCCAUUGAAAAAUCGACUCAUUUAACAGCACCUACUCUAUGUAAUGCAGCCUCUCUUAAUGAAACAGUUACUUCAACAACACGUUCACCAUCAUUAGUAUGGAUUCGACGACGAUUAUCAAAUAUUCCAUUAUCAUCAUUAUCAUUAUCAAAAAAUGGACCAUCAGAUAAAUCAUCUAAUAAUAGUCCUAAUAAAACAAAACAAUCGUAUUUAACAAAAUUAUUACGUCAAUCAGCAACAAAAAGUCAAGAAAGUUUAUAUGCUAUACAUAUUUAUAAUCGAUUAGUUUUUCUGAUAUUUUUUUCAUUAGUUAUUUUUUUUAAUAUUUAUACAUGGUUCCUUUAUCCGAGAACAGUUCGAACAAAACUACUUGAUGAUAAAUUUCAAUGGAAUUGUUUUGAUGAAUUUCGUCUUCAAAUUGUUAAUUGCAGUGAUAUGUCUAAAUAUUAG